UUGGGGCAAGCGAACGCAUCGGCGCACCGCGCGCGCACGGCAAAAGGAUGGUACACAGGAAUGCCCGUAGCUGUCAACGAUAGGUGCAGGGGACAAGGAUAACACAACGCCGAGGGGUUGAAAAAAGACAACUGAUCCACUUUGGAAGGCGAGCCGCCAGAACUCGGAGCCCGUGUAUCGGCUUGUAGACGGCGGCGCAAUCGAUCGAUAAACGCGAUGCAGUAGCGUGUCUGGGGGAGGACUCUCGUCGUUGCUGGUGCUGUGAAGCGUGGUUAUGAAACUAGGGUCCUCUGGCCGCCGUCGUCGGAGUGAGUGCUAUCUGGACCAGCAGGGUGCGAGUGUGCGCGGUGUUUGGCAUUAGCGGCGGAGGGCUGGCUAUCAUCGAUUGGUGGCAGCGACGGAGGCGGUGGUUCGCCCUGCCACGGGUCGGUCAGAUGAGCAUGAACAAAGCCCUGGUGGUUUUCAUUGCGGCCAGUGGCCUGCUGCUGUUUAUCUACGCCAACAGCAGCAGUGUGUUCAAUCGGCAUCUGCUGCCCAAGGAACCACCGUCCACCGGGGGAGUAGCGGCGGCCGUACACCACCAACAGCACCACCAUGGACAGCACCCUUCGCAACGGAACAACAGUGCCGUCGCCACCAGUAAUGGAUUGGUGGCCACGAACGAAGCCGCCCCACCGAGCAAGCUGAAGCGCGUAAAGUACAUCGCGAAGGGAACGAACGGCACCGAGUACAACAUCUUCCUCAUCUACACCAAGGAAAGCCAAAAUCUCAUCCUGCACAGCCAGCUGGAACUGUUCCUGCGAAGUCUGCUCAAGUACUCCACCAUCGAGCUGCACCUGCACAUCAUCACGGACGAGCAAAGCGAACGGUCGGCGGAAGAACUGAUCAGGCAGCAGAUCGAGCGGUUCCAGCGGACCGCAUUCUACACGCUGUACGAUGUGCGCGACUGCGCGGAAAAGGUUAGCGACAUCGUGCGCAACAUGAUGCCACUGUUCAACUACCGGUCCGGAAGCUACUACAGUGAUGCCUUAUUUCUGCUUUCGCUCGGCCUGCACCGUAUCGUGGACCAGCGUAUGCGCCAUGCCAUUCUGAUAGACUGUGACGUCGUGUUCCGGGCGUCGGUGAAGGAGCUGUUCGAUCAGUUCGAAAGCUUCAGCCCUGACCAGAUGUUUGGGCUGGCCCCAGAGCUGACCCCCGUUUACCGGCACGUACUGUCGAGGUACCGGUUAAACAACCCACACACACUGUUCGGUAGUCCGUACUAUCUCGAUAAGCCGCUUCGUGCUGCUGCGCCAUCGGGAGGCGUGGGGGACAAACGAACACGCCACGGUUACCCCGGCCUAAACUCGGGCGUCGUGAUGCUGCACCUGGAUCGCAUCCGACGAUCGCGGCUGUACGAGGAAAUCAUCAAAGAGAGCACGGUCAAGAGCAUGGCCGAAAAGUACUCCUUCCAGGGGCACCUGGGUGAUCAGGAUUUCUACACCCUGAUGGGGUUCGAGUUUCCCGGGCUCAUCUAUCGGCUCGAUUGCGUGUGGAACCGACAGCUGUGCACGUGGUGGCGCGAACACGGGUACAGUGACAUAUUCGACAGCUACUUUCACUGCGAGGGAACGAUAAAAAUCUACCACGGCAACUGCAACACCCGCGCGCCGGAGUAGAGCUUUGCGCCCCACGCAGUACCGUUCACAUCCAACAUUCCACACUUGGCGUGAUUCGUAUUGGAUCUCAAACCUUUUCGAACCCUGUGCAGAGACGCAUGCUCUCUCGCUCCAUCUCUCUCUAUCUAUGUCCUAUUAGCAUAGUUUACUUAUUACGGACGCUUCCAAGAACGGGAUCCGGAUUUGGCGCGAAACAAUGGUGACCCGUGCAAUAGAGUUACGUUUUUACGAGUUACGUGCAUUUUAUGCCCCAUAUUUUAAUGAGCCUGUUACAAACCCCAGAUCGGAGACUUUUAUUUGCGUGAUUUAACUUUAGCUGCUAGGAAACGUGUUGCGAGAUCAGGCGCGCCAGGCCAUUCGCCAUAGAACCCCAUUCAGCGAUGCAUAGCAACGGUUGCUGAGAAGUUGAAUUUUAACUUCGGUCCAAGCAACACGCGGUAUCUAAGAAUCAAACUAGGCUAGGGACAGAGUAAGGAAUGUUCGAAAAAAAGUUAUUCAGUUCUGGUCUCUUGAUGAGUUCGCCGAAACGCAGGUGGGGGUCGUUUGUGACCUCGGCACGAUCCUUGCUGGCCCCCGCUGGCAAAAAGUGAAUUGAUCGGUUUACAGACCAGAAAACGAAAUAAUAAUAAUAAAGAGAAACCAUUUUCCC